UUUAAAUACGGUGUGGCGCUCUACUCGGGUACAUUUAAACAGAACCGUGUGGCGCAAAUCGAUAGAAACUAAAAUAUUUUGUUACACUCUAAAUCCAGGUAUUUAUCCAUAAAGCAUUUUGUUAAUUUUUUGUGGAUUUUUGGGUUGGACUUUGGUAAGACAAUGUCCAACGUCCAGCUAUCAAGCAGCGCCCUGGAGAGGUUGGCCGCACGGAGAACCUUUCCUCUCCACGCACGCACAGGCGUCUGCCGUAACCUUUUUGGACCGGUGGAUCACGAUGAACUGAACCGGGAGAUGAAAUCCAAGAUGUGGGAGAUUUCUGAGAGGGACCAGCGGAGAUGGAACUUUAAUUUCGACGCCGACUUGCCACUGUCUGGGGACUACGAGUGGGAGGAAACCCCGGUGGAUACGACUCCAGACUUCUACCAGGACUCUGUACAGGUCGGGAGGAACAGGAUUGUCGUAACACCGGUCAAUCUGAAGCCAUGCGUGGACUUUAUCCCACUGGACUCCUCUUCUCAGGAUGUAUCGCCUCUUUGCGAGGACCGUUUGACCAGCUCUGAAAGUAGCACUCCCUGCCCCACCGAAGUCAACCAGGAGAACUGGGCAGUGAAGCAGAACUCAGGGAAGCCUACUCGCAAACCAGUCCCGUGUGUUCGAAGCAAAAGAACGGCUACUACUGAUACAACGACCACGGCACAUAUUACAGGUAAAUAUCGCUCACCUGUAAGCCUAUUGCUUUUUACGCAUUGAUGGUGAAUCUCGAGGUAUAUUUGAUCUAGUGAUGUCCGGUCAGUAGGCUAAUAUCUGGCUACCUGGGACCAUUGGCGUGAGUUCCUUGUUUUAAAUUGUACUUUUCUUUCCAGACUUCUACGUGAAACGUAAAAGGACGACGACCGAGACGAAGCUGAAUGAAAGCACUUGCCAGCAUCCUUCGUCUCCCAUUCCUGUAGAACAAACUCCACGCAAGAGAAUUCGUUGAAGGUAUAGCCUAUAGUUCAAGAGAAAUGGGCAGUAUGGCAUUUAGACAUAGGCUGUGGGUUUACUAAUACUGGACAAAAUAGGUACUUGUGCGCAUAUGGGGCUAUUUUGUUGACUGUAAUGCAAAAUCAAAAUACUGUUACACACUUGCACUGAUCGAGGAAGCUGAUAGUGAGUGAGCUCACGUAGUAGAGUAAUGUGUGGUUGGGGGAGGGGAGUCUGUCACUGUGGCGGGAAAGGCUCAUGCAAAUGUUGACGCCAGCUGAGGUUAGGCAACAACUCUCAUUUUAUUUUCAGAGCUGACUCAUGAUUUUUAGCUUUCAUGGCUGUACAAUUUCUUUUUUUAGUCAACGAACACUAAUGUAUUUUUAUUUUCUUUCCAGGCGUUAGCACUAUUUUGUGAUAAUCGUUUCUCCUACCGUCCGACUUGAAGGAGACGAAAAAACAAGGGAUGGAGACCCGCCUGCUCGACUGUCCAUCGGCUUGGUGCGUCUCCGAGUGGACCUAUAUGGAACGUAGCCUAACAGUCCGUGGACUCUCAGGAUUGAACGGUCGGGAGAGAGAAUUUGCCUAAGGACUCGGACAAAAUGUAGCAUUCAUGGUUGCUUUGCAUACAGCCACUUGACAGUGUUAAAUGUUUAACAACUGUGCAAUCCUAAAUUACUUUAAAUUGUCUACACUGGCCAAAAGUGUACAGCUUUAUAAAGACAUUAUAAAUUGUUAUUUCUGUUAAAUAUAUCUGGGUUGUGUAAAUAUAGGCUAUUUUUUAAGACUAUUCUAACUUAUAAUUUAUUUGUUUCUUUAGGCCUACAUUUGCAAAUGCCGUUUUGAUUUAGCCAAUGGGCACAUUUUUUUAAAUUUUUAUUUUACAAAGUUUUAUUGUGCAAUCAUGUAGCUUUUUAUAGUGCACUUGAAACGUAGAUUUCAUCGUGUUUCUGAGCCGUUUUCAAUAUCAUUGCCCUCAUUUUCUGUUUUGCAAAAGAUGCAAAUAAAAUAUUUUCAUUUAAAUUGAA